UUGCCUCCCAGUGUGAGUGGACCAAUCAGCAGGCGCCUCUCCACGGUCUGCGCUGUGAUUGGGUGCGGGUGUUUCCCCGGUGAGGAGAGUCAGGGGUGUGUGAUCAGGUCCAGGGGCUCCGGGAUUUCUCUCAGGACUGUGUUUCGGAUCCGCCGCUCUGACGUCUGUGAAGAAGAUGGAGGUCAGGCCUCUCCUCAUGUGCUUUGCACUUUGCGUGGUCUAUGCCACCAGUAAGCCCACAGAGAAGAAGGACCGUGUGCACCAUGACGCACCACUGAGCAGCAAGGAGCACAAUGAUGGUGAAAACUUUGACUAUGACCAUGAUGCUUUCCUCGGAGAGGAGGUGGCCAAAUCCUUUGAUGACCUCACCCCAGAGGAGAGCAAGGAUAGACUCGGCAAAAUUGUGGAGAAGAUAGAUGAUGAUCAGGAUGGCUUUGUCACAGAGGCAGAGCUGAAGGAGUGGAUCAAAAAGGCUCAGAAGAAAUAUAUUUAUGAUAAUGUGGAUAGACAGUGGAAAGAUUUCGACAUGAACAAUGAUGGAAUGAUCUCUUGGGAUGAGUACAAGAAUGUCACAUAUGGCACCUACCUUGAUGACCCAGAGCCAGACGAUGGCUACAACUACAAGCAGAUGAUGGCCAGAGACGAGCGACGCUUCAAGAUGGCAGACAGAAAUGGUGACAGUAUUGCAGAUAAGGAGGAGUUCACUGCCUUCCUUCACCCAGAGGAAUAUGAACAUAUGAAGGAAAUCGUGGUGCUGGAAACCAUGGAGGAUAUUGAUAAGAAUGGGGAUGGUUUCAUUGACCUUGAAGAGUACAUUGGGGACAUGUACAACCACGAAGAUGAGAUGGAUGAGCCAGAAUGGGUAGCUACAGAGCGUGAGCAGUUCUCUGAGUUUAGAGAUAAGAACAAGGAUGGAAAGAUGGACAAAGAGGAGACCAUGGACUGGAUCCUACCUGCUGAUUACGACCACGCAGAGGCUGAGGCCAAGCACCUGGUAUAUGAGUCUGAUUCAAAUAAGGAUGGGAAACUAACCAAAGAGGAAAUACUCAAUAAGUACGACUUGUUUGUGGGAAGUCAAGCAACUGACUUUGGUGAAGCAUUAGUACGACAUGAUGAGUUUUAAACAUUUUUGUAGUUUGAUAGCUAAGAACUUUUUAACUUGAGCUGGGAAAUAAUAUAAUUUAUUUUAUAUGGCAAAAUUUUUCAACACUAAAGCAUCAAAUUAACAUAGUAAUUGAUGUGGGUUUUUUGUUGUGCACAAACAUUUUUCCUUGUUUUGUAAUGUUUUUGUUCAUUUUUCCAUGAUGGGAGUUUUUGCUGCAGUCAGGAUUCAGUAUUCAACAAUUGAAAUGUAUUAACUCUACACAUUGAGUAUUGUAUAUUGAUCUGUACUGUAUAGAGAGGCACAGCUGUAUAAAGAGCAGUCCGGGGUCAUUGACUCUAAGCUCACUAAAGCAGUGAGUGGAAAGUUGGCCAUGUGUCCGUUAUACAAUAAUGUUACAGACGGACACAUUCAGUCUAUACUCGCAUGUACCUCAUGAUUUUCUCUACUCGGUACAUCUUAGAACAUUUCAUCACACUUGCCUUGUGUUAUUCUGAUACAUUCUCAGCCACAGUUUGAGUUUGUGCCUUUUAUUUUACUCACUUGCCACUUGUAUCCAGUUUGCGAAAGAGAACUGAGACUUGAACCCCUCCCUGUACUGUCUUGUUACGUUCUGUCACUUGAGCUCCCAGUUCCCACUUUCUGUUUCUGUUGAGUAUAUUAAGAUUAGCUCAGAUGGACUGUGAGCUGCUGUGGAACCUAGGUCACCUUCCUAGACCAGCUCCACCGACUUGAGUUCAGAUGGUUAAAAGGGGUAUAAGAGAAUCCCUCUGUUCUGUGCCUGUUAUGUUGGAGAUUGAGGACGUUUUCACACCAGCACAGUUUGGUCCGGUUAGAUUGAACAAGUGUGAAAACAGUAAAUCACUCUGGUGUGGACCAAAACAACUGGACUGAGACCUGCUAGAGGAGGUAAUCUUGAACUCUGAGAAGCAGUUUGCUUGUGGUGAGAAUGUGAUCUGGUCUCUAUCUGAUCCAGCUAUCAAAUAUGCUCCUUUUAUUUGAGCUAAACUGUUGAUAAGGCGCAGUUUAAUCUGAUUUAUUUUCCAGAUAUUGAUAAUUACCACAGCUGUAAACAAAUAAUGCCUAUGGCGUCUUUGCUAAGCAGUUUCACACAGCUGCGCACCUCUGUUUACUAUGUGGACAUCUGCGCUGCGCAUCCCGUUAAAAACACUGUUUAAAACGUAACGACAAAUUUUUGUGUAAAAGCAGCUUCACACUGCACAGAUAUAUACGUGCUGUAACACAAAAUCUUCUCAGUAUAUUUACUUUCUUGCUUCCACACCAGACAGGUCUGACCAAUCAGAGGAGACAAUGUGCUAAUGUGGUUUAUUGGUGUGUAUUUUGGUGCGUUUAAGGUUGUGCCUGUGUGAAACCAGACCAAACCGAGAGAGAAAAUGUUCAAAGUAAACAAACUCACCAAUUGAUUUGAGCCAAAGAAACAAACUGAUUGUGUGAACAAGUUGAGAGCAGAUGUAUUGUUUGUUUUUGUUUUUGUAGUUUCUUGCCAUUGUGUUUUUACACCCUGCAUGAGCACCUGAACAUUUAAAUGACCUUUGAACAAUUUCUCAAUAAAACAUCAGCACAGCUAA